AGACCACCGACUGCUUGCUGGCUGCAUUUCAGCCCAGCCUGAAUCAUGGUAUGCUUUCAUGGGAGAAUGUAUGAUGCGACUCUUGGGCCCGUUGGUCUGUCCCAGAAUCUUGCCUCAAGGCAGUCUACCUGCAUUCGUGAUGGAGACGCAAGAUUUUUUCCGAAAGGCCUACGUUCCGUCAAUUCAACGCGAGGUACCGCCCCCGGGUUACAUACUCAACCUUCCUCUUCUCAGCCAGCUAGACCUCAUGUUACCCCGCUGGAUUCUCUACGAGGGAAUGUCUGUCGCUUGUUCUGCCACCAUAGAUCAGAUAAACUUAAGGGAUUUGAGAGACCACAUUACUCAAGAUCCACCGGUGUUGCUCCUCGUUUCUGGUCGCAGCAAUAACAACCAACAACAUGUUACCUUUGGUUUAUUCUAUCCAAAUGGAUUCCUCCUAGACGGCUAUGAUGAGGAACUAGGGGCGCGCAUGUUCCAGUUUGAACCCGUGCAGCGAUAUUUUGGUACUCAUGUCAGUAGGGACUAUUCGAUCCAGUUCGACUUGGAAGGAGAGAAUCCAACCAUGACGGGUCAGGUUACCUGGCAAACCAAAGUUUGGUUAAAGGAGGAGAGUAACACCGCGCCAACAGAUAGAUCCAUUGCCAAAGACAAUGCCAUGAGUCUUACGGUGAGCAGUAAAGGUCUUGGUCACUUCAUGGUACAGGCGCAUAGAUUUCCCCAGGGUUAAUGAGUGUUUCGACGUGGAUGCCGUGGAACUGUUCAAGUGCGAUAACCAGCGCAUUUUCGUGGCUGAUUAUGAGUAUGAUGAGUGUUAUUAUUAUCUUGACGAUGAUUGAGGAAUUGCACUUCCAUAUUCAAGUACAAACCAGAAGCACAGUCCUUUACUUCAAGUCAACAUUUGUACUUAUCAGAGAUGUGCCCUAGUUAAUGACAGC